CGCAAGUUCCACUUUUAAUUUCAGAAACCUUUUUUUGUUAGUCGCAUGCUGGCCACUUGUGUGACUAUGUAGGCACCAUGCCACACUUGAAGGCUGGGAUGUUGAAAUCGUGACAUGGCAAACUGGGAGCAAAACAAACGGAUCCUACAGGAGCUGGUGAAGCUGCCGGAGAACAGCCACUGUGCAGACUGCGGAGCACCGGAUCCAGACUGGGCAUCUUAUAAGUUGGGUUUGUUUGUCUGUUUAAACUGUUCUGGCAUUCAUCGCAACCUAUCCAGCCCAGUCAAGUCCAUAAAGCUUGACAACUGGGAAGAUGAACUUGUUGAGUUAAUGAAAUCAAAUGGCAAUGCCAGAGCCACAGCUUUAUACGAAAAAGCACUUCCUCCUUACUACUACCGGCCGCAGCAGACUGACUCUGCCGUUUUAAGAGAGCAGUGGAUCCGGGCCAAAUAUGAACGGAUGGAAUUUACAGGAGAAACCAAGUAUCCACCUCCAUUUUAUACCACAGGCUUCUAUGAAGGGAUGCUGUGGAAGAAAGGAAAGGCGAAGUCACAGUUUCUAAAGAGGAAGUUUGUUCUGUCAGAGCCAGAUUUUACUCUGCUUUACUACAACAAGGAAAAUGAGUCCAAAGGCCCAAAAGCCGUCAUCGCUAUCAAGGACCUGAACGUGACUUUUCAACCAGAGAAGAUAGGUCAUCCCCAUGGGAUGCAGAUUACUUACCUCAACAGAGUCCACACUAGGAAUCUUUUUGUUUAUCAUGAGAGUCCUGAGGAAAUAGUCACAUGGUACAACGCCCUUCGUGCCGUUCGCUACAAUUACCUAAAGACAGCGUACCCCACCGCAACCGAAGCAGAUCUGAUACGCAAUAUUAUGCACAAUUACCUUAAAGAGGGAUACAUGGAAAAGACAGGGCCUUUGCAAAAGGAGCCUUUCAAAAAAAGGUGGUUUAUUUUGGACUCUCAUAACAGGAAGUUGCUCUACUUCAAAGGCCAGUUGGACGCACAAGAGCUUGGGGUCAUCUUCAUUGGCACAGAAAACAACAGUUACUCUGUUAGCGACUGUGCUCCCAAACACACACGUGGAAACAAAUGGAAGUCUGGCAUCACCAUGGAGACGCCCGAGCGGCAGUUUGUGUUUAUGUGCCAGCACGAGGAGGAACAAAGAGAGUGGCUGGAUGCCCUCAGGCAGGUCAUAUCCAGGCCCAUGGUACCACAGGAUUACGCUACUGAGGCCAACAUCAGGAAUAAACGGUGAACAUCGGGGGUGUGACAGGACAUUAAGCAUUGUUUUGUACAUUGUAUUAGGAAAUCAUCUUGCUGUGGUGGUAAAUAUGUCCAUAAACCUACAAUUACUGUUCUAA